GGCCCCGCCCGCGAGGCGGCGCCGGAAGCGGCCGGAGCCCCAGCGCGCCGACAUGGCGCCGGUGUCGCGCUCCCGCAGCCCGCCCGAGUCGCCGGCGUCCCGGCGCCGCCGCAGCGGCAGCCGCGGCUCCUCCGCCAGCCCGUCGCUGCCGCGGGCGAGCCGGGCGCCGCGGGCCGCCAGCCCCGAGCGGCGCGGCCGCCGGUCCCGCUCCCGCGAGCGCGGCGGCGGCCCCAGGCGCUCGGGCCCGCGGCGGAGCCGCAGCUGGUCCCGCUCCCGCGAGCGCAGCCCCGGCGGGCCGCGCGCCGCCGCGCACCACGGCCACCACCACCACCACCACGGCGGCAAGGCCUGGCCCGACUACUACGAGAAGGAGAAGGAGGAGGUCCUGCGGCAGAGGAGGCUGAACGAGAGGGAGCGAAUCGGAGAGCUCGGGGCGCCCGAAGUCUGGGGGCUUUCGCCAAAGGUUCCCGACCCCGAUUCUGAUGAACAUACUCCCGUAGAAGAUGAAGAGGCAAAAUCUAAGAGUAGUUCUUCGGAUUCCAGCUCAGAAGAAGAGAAAAAGAAGAGGAAGAAGAAAAGAAAGAAGAAAAAGCAAAAGGCAUCCAAAAGAAAACGCAGAAAACAUUCUGAGGACAGCGACAGUGAGUCGGAGUCAGACUCCAGCGAAGAAGAUAAAAAGAAAAGCAAAAAGAAGAAAAAGAAGCACAGAAAAAAGAAGUAUAAGAAAAAGAAAAAUAAAAAGAGCAGGAAGGAAUCCAGUGAUUCAAGUAGUGAGGAUUCUGACGAUGAAACAUUUCAAGGAGAAGAUCUGUGGAUUGAGAGAUCAAAAAAUACAGAAGCUGAUAGCCUCAUUGGACCAGAAGCUCCCAAAACACAUGCGUCUCAAGAUGACAGACCUCUUAACUAUGGACACGCCCUGCUGCCUGGUGAAGGUGCAGCAAUGGCAGAGUAUGUAAAAGCAGGAAAACGUAUACCCCGGAGAGGUGAAAUCGGCUUGACCAGUGAAGAGAUUGCAUCGUUCGAGAGCUCUGGCUAUGUAAUGAGUGGUAGCAGACAUCGCCGAAUGGAAGCUGUGCGUCUGCGUAAAGAGAACCAGAUUUACAGCGCAGAUGAAAAGAGAGCUCUGGCAUCCUUCAACCAGGAGGAGAGAAGGAAACGAGAGAAUAAGAUCCUUGCAAGCUUCCGAGAGAUGGUCUACAGGAAGACUAAGGGCAAAGAUGACAAAUAAUUAUUUUUUGAAUGAUACAGCAUGGAUUCUAGCAAGCAGCAGCUAACCUGUUCCAGUAAUGAUUUGAAAAUAGCUGCAAGUGCUGCAGUGCCUUUCACCCAAUGGGGCCAAGCCUCAGGAAUGGAUUACUUGUAGGAAGGAAACACAGUUAUCUUUAUCAGAUUUUCUUGGAUGAUUUGUUCACCAUCUGCAGAGAAUCCCUGUAAACUGAAAGGCUACGAGGCUCAGGAACAGGCAGGGAAGGUUUAAGGUGGCAAUGCUCUGUAUUUGCUUUGAAUUGGACAGGCAGAAGGAUGCCCUGGGAGGGUUUCGUUACCUGCUGCUGAUACUGAUAAGUGCUGUUUUCCAUUUAUUUUGGCGAAUGAGAAUAGACUGGCCAUCAGAAACAAGCUACUAGUAAUAGUAGUAAAAAUUAAGGAAUUCCUGUAUAGGAUCUAAGACUGUCCACUUAUGUAUUUUUUUCAUAAGUCCUUUACAGUUUUUUUCUCAAAACAGCUGAGUUCCUUUUGUGGUUCAAACUACACUUGUAAAUAGAAAUGAGUUUGUAAUUUAAUACAGACUGGCUUCAGUUACUUUAAAGCAAGCAGACUGCAACUGGGGUAUAAAAUGACAGUACUAAUAGCAGGGUCUGAUCUAGAAUCUACCAAAGCCCAUGGCGAAGAGCGAAGUUGCUUGCUUCUUUUUCUACUAUGUUAUACAUAGGUAUCGGAGUGGUGGGCUGCAGUGAUUGGAACCCCUGGAUGUAUGCAGGUGGUAACAAGGAUGUAUCAAUUUAUUUUAAUUUUGUUAUUUUGCUUGUGGAAGUGCUCUAGAUUAAAACCUCGUUUUAACUCUUGUAGUACUUUAA